AUGCCGGAGAAAGAGGUCGCUUAUCAUCAGGAGGCAUUCUCGUUGCUGCAGCCGCCGCCACCGCCGCAUCACUCGCACUCGGCCUUCCACGCGGCCUUCCAUCCGCACCCCCAUGCGGCACCCCCGCCGCCGUUUCAUCCGCACCACGGGCCACCACCGCCGCCGCAUCCGGCGCAUCCCGCGGCCGCGGCAUGGGAACACCACGCGGCGGCGGCCGCGGCCGCCGCGGCCGUAGCCUUCCAUCCACCGCCACACCACCCAUUAUCCGGCAGCUCGGCGGCGAUUGGAACACACGGUAACGGCAGCGGGGGUGGCGGCGGAGGCGGAAGUGGUGGCGGAGGCAGCGGUGGCGGCGGGGGCGGGACUGCCGGCAACGGGACCGGUGGUGAUUUUCUACGUAGAAGUCAUCCCCUUGCGGAACAUACGGCCCUACAUCCCGCUUACCGGAUCAACUACAUGGACCACCUCUACCAUCAACUCCAGGCCUCCACACACAGUCCCAACACCUCACUACACGGACUGGGUGGUUUGGGGCCCGAAUACCUCUUACACGCAGGUCCUGCCAGCACCCUCGCAUCGUCCGAAUUCCCGUUCUCCAUUGAUGUUUCAGCAUCGUCGCGACUAGGAAGUCCGCGAGCCUCAGCCAUCAGGGCGAGUCGGAAGAGAGCGUUGAGCAGUUCACCGUAUUCGGACAGGUUCGACAUCGACAGCAUGAUUCGAUUUAGCCCUAAUAGCUUGGCGUCCAUCGUGAACGGUUCGCGAAGUAGUAGCGCGAGCGGAAGCUACGGACAUCUCUCCGCUGCAAUGAGUCCAGCGUUAAGCAUGCAUCCCAGCAUGGCGCCGCACCUGCAGCAGAUCCAGGCCCACAUUUUGAGGAGCGCGGCCGCAGCGGCGCUCUUACCUCACGCGCACCCCUUGCAGCCACCCGCACCGCCACCGCCACCGCCGCAUCCUCAUACGCACCCCCAUGCCCACGGGCUAUCCCCACAUUCGCAAUUGUACCCCGGUGUGCCGCCUCAUUCCACAUCGUCGGCGACGCUCAGCCCGCACGGGGCCGGAAUGCCCCCGAAAAGUGAGAGCGUAGAGUCGUGUAGAAAAGCUUCGGAAUCAUUGACUCGCUCGGUGACGGCCGAGGCCGACACUUCCUCAAGGCGGGCUGCCACCAAAGUCAAGAGGGAACCGGCGACAACGACUACCAAUGCGACCACCACUACCGCCCCACCGACUCACCCUCAAGGUCUUAGCCCGAGUGAGGACCUCAGAGACGAACCUGGUGACUUCAUCGAAACGAAUUGUCAUUGGAGAGACUGCGGUCUCGAGUUCCCUACGCAGGACGAUCUCGUGAAACAUAUCAACAACGAUCACAUACACGCCAACAAGAAGAGCUUUGUUUGCGGUUGGGAGGAAUGCUCGAGGGAGGAAAAACCCUUCAAGGCCCAGUACAUGCUGGUCGUGCACAUGAGAAGGCAUACGGGUGAAAAACCGCACAAGUGUACCUUCGAGGGUUGCUUCAAAGCCUACUCGCGAUUGGAAAACCUCAAGACUCACCUCAGAUCUCAUACCGGCGAGAAACCAUACACCUGCGAGUAUCCAGGCUGUACUAAAGCCUUCAGCAACGCCAGCGAUAGAGCAAAGCAUCAAAACAGAACACACUCUAGCGAGAAACCGUACAUUUGCAAAGCCCCCGGCUGUACGAAGAGGUACACAGAUCCGUCGUCGCUGAGGAAGCACGUCAAGACUGUUCACGGUGCCGAGUUCUACGCGAACAAGAAGCACAAGGGUGGCGGCGGUGGCGACGGCGGCGGCAGCGAUGAAGCCGGCGCGGGAGGUAACAGCCCCAGUAGAAGCGAGGAUCUGCCUCCGAAGACACCCAGCCUCUCAAGUCCUAGCGUCAAGUCCGAAAGCGAAGCGAACAGUCCGCCCGGCAUCAUGCAGCAGCAGGGUAGUCCGCUGGUGGGUGGCUGUAAUGACGAGGUCGCGGGAAUGGGUGCCCUCACCGGCGACGGGAUCGCCCUCGCCGAAGAACCGUGGAACGAGGAACCUGAUGACUUGGACAUCGCUGAUCUUCCUGUAGCGCUACGUGCCAUGGUCGGCGGCAUGGAAUCGCAGCAGCAGUUACAAGUGCCGGCGCCCACGUCGAGGAAUCGUCUGAAAGGAAGACUGAACGUCAAAGGCGUGCCGAGCAUGCCGAUUGGCGUAGCGAACAUACGCGGGAUUCACGGUGUCGCACCUCAGGGUAACAUCGGUGAUCUCAAUAAAAGGAUCACCGAUUUGAAGAUGGAGGGUGGCGGCGGCCAAACGCGGCAGACAAGCCUGUCCGAUCUUCAACUUAGGUUGCAGCCGUUUGGCGAGCCGCGAAGAGACAGCAACAGCACCGUCAGCACUUACCAUUCGGGUUACGGCAGCAUGAGAUCGGCAGAUCUCAGUAGCAGAAGGAGUAGCCAGGCGAGUGUCGUUAGCGCUGUUAGAAUGGGCCCAGGACCGGAAAGUUUCUACGAUCCGAUCAGUCCGGGCACAUCUAGACGAAGCAGCCAGAUGAGCACCACUUCCAGCAGGAUCGAUCAGAAUCAUCUUCAGGGGCCUUACUCGACGAAUAAUCUCGUCGUUCAAACGCAAAACAUGUCCCUGCAGAGCAUUCAGGCGAUGCCAAACGAAUGGAACAAUCCGAGCGGACAUUGCACUCAACCGUCGAGUGAUCGACGGAUGUCCGAACCCAUUCGCAGUAACCCAACCCAAAGGACUUCUCCUCCGAUUCCGCCCAGGCCGAGAUCGGCACAGCUGCCCGAGCUUCAGCCCGAGCUUCAUCCCAAUCAGGAGGUGAUCCUGGACGAGGUGGGUGAGGGUGAGAUGGUGGAGAACAAGCUGGUUAUUCCCGACGAAAUGAUGCAGUAUUUGAAUCAGGUUCAAGCGGGCGGAAAUCAAGUCAGUUAUCGCGGUAGCCCACUACCGAUUUGCCAAUCGCCGAUAUGCACGAAUCCUCUGCACUAUCAGCGACAGGUGCAGCCCACGUGCAAUUACAAUCAGUCGCAUCAGUCACACCAACAGAACUGCUACUCCUCUCAGCAAGUUGUUCAACAACCAUGCCCGAACUAUCAGAAUUCCUCGUCUGUGUCUUACAGCCAAUGCCCGAAUUCACGCACGACUCAGCCUCCAUCGCAGUAUUGUCCGCCGCCAAAUUAUGGAUCUCAAGUCACUGGUGGACAAGUAGCGAGUCCAGCCGCGGGUCAAGUCAUGUCACCGAGUUCCCAUUAUGCCUCAGCUCACUUAAGCGAUCAGCCGUUAACAUCCCCCGCGGCCGGCGCGCUGGCGCCACAGCACGCGCCGCAAAACCUGCCCCAGAACUCUGCCCAACUUUCCCGAAAUUGUCCUCAGAAUCACGCACAUCAUCCUUACUAUCCAGGCUACGGUUGCGCGGGUCAAAUAAACGCAAACUGCAAUGGCUCCGCUAGCCCAGCUAGCCACCAUUCUACUCAAACCUGCACAUCAUCCAAUCACACUGUACAGAUGCGAUUAACAAAUAAUUGCCAGCAAUUAUCACCGCAUUGUACUCAGCAAACCGCGCCCAUGGCCAACACAACGACUAUUGCCCAUCCAAACGCUCAGUGCAAUCAAUCCUCCGGUCAGUGUGCGAGGCCUAUGACAACACCCAACAGUCAGAUGUCCAAUGUACACACUGCCCAACAGUCUACGGUAGCUAAUCAGUGCGGUCCAAUGUCACCCCAUUGCUCUCAAUUGAAUCAUGCGAAUCAGGGCAAACCGAUGAAUACGCUUGCGACAAAUCUUCAAAGCUGUCAACAGCAGACUCAACAAUCGCCCACAGCGCCCUGCCAGCAGGUCAACAACUGUAUUCAUCCCGGCGGUGCGCAUCGUCAGAUCAACGACGGUGGCAGCGGGUCAAAGAGAACGUCACCACAACUUUGUAACGCUCAGCAGACUAACUGCAGAAUGCCACCGCAGCAACAAACCUGCACACAUAAUUGUCAAACACGCACGAAUCCUCCGGCUCAGUACAAUUGCAAUUGCGCAUGGACUUAUGGAAAUCAGUGUUAUCACGAUCAACAUGGUGGACCGUUGCCAGAGAUACAAUGCAGAGAUAUUAGCCAGUCGCAACAAGGCUCGCCAAUAAAACCACCUCAAGGUAUGAGACAAGACUCCUAUCGCAGGACAUUGGAAUACGUUCAGCAAUGUAGAAACUGGUCCGUUAACGCUCAAACCCAUGAGACCAACGUAUCCAGCUCGACGCAUCCGUUGUCGUUGCCGCAACCUCUGCCAGCUAGCGCCAAUAUGGUUGUCAACGACAUGACGUCUUCGCUUAGCUCUUUACUAGAAGAAAACAGAUAUUUACAAAUGAUUCAAUGACCUAUGUCUAUUAACGAGACGCGCCAAUUUAAUUUUAUCGAUCGAUGAAACAGCCGCGCCUAAACAGUUUUCUACUUGAUUAUUGCAGUAACGUAAGUUGUAUCUUCAAUAUAAAAUUUACUUUACAAUGAGUGCAAUUAAAAUAUUUUAAAUAUUUGGGAAAAUUUAUCAUGACACCAAUGACAACUCCAUGCAGGGACUGGUGAUCCUUAGUUUGCAGAUUUUCGGGUACAUCAAGAAAAGGUCUGAAGUGGUCGUAGGUCACUUCGAAAACAAUAAAUUAAUACAUUUGAUAAAAUUUAAGAUGCUCAUAGUUUCGUAUGAAAGCAGUUGACUCGUAAUUGUAUUUAUAAGAGACUAUAAAGUUUUGAGUAAAGUAUGAUACGAGUGUAACCAGCUUCAGAAAUUAAUACAUAUACAUUUGACAAGUUUAAUACAUAGCGUGAUAAAAGGUAUCGAAAGACUCAUAAUUAAAUAAAAUUACUUUUAAAUUUGAUUUGAAUAAUUUGCACUACUGAUGGAAUUUAGUUGCAAUUUUUGACUCGAUUAUUAUGUCAGCGUUCAAAAUUUUUAUUUUACUGUUCGUGUCUUAAUGACGAGCUGCUAGACGUAACUAAAAUGAGUAAUAAUAUGAAAAUGAGUAAUAAUCUGUUUUAGAAAUGGACAUACUGUAAGUAGGAUAAGAUUAUAUUCUUCCAAGCAUUAAAAAGAUGUUGUUGAAACAUUUACUUUUACAUUUAAUUUAAAUUAUGGAUACAACAAAAAUUAUCAAUACAAAGAGAUUCAGAUAAAUAAUUAAUACAUUACCUACUAUUAUAAAUCAAGUUUAAUAAAAAAUUUUCACUGUUAUAACAAAGAUCAAAAAAUGCCACUGUCAACUUUAUUAAUUUUGGAGCUCGUAUGUCAAGAUUUUAAGUUGCUAAUGAAACUGAUGCAAUUUAAUAAGCGACAUGCGAGUAAAUAACGCAUUUGUCUUUAUUUUCUUUACAUAGAUUUCACUUUUUAUUCAAUCUAAAAAAUAAUUCAACGGAGCGGAAUCAAAAGAUCCCUAGGUCUGUAGUUAAUUAACCUUUCACUCUUGAAAUCGAAAGACUUCAGUGGAGAGAAUAGUAUUUUUAACUUGUCCCAUCUCAGAAACUCUAUUCUGAAUUUGAUACAUUUUUAUAUGAACUUUUGUUCUGAUAUCAGAAUAAGGAAGAUACAAAUCCUAUCAUACUUAUUUAUAUGUAUUUUAUAUAAUAUCACUACUGAUCUACUCCAUAAAAAUCAACUGUUUUUAAAUAGUAGGAUUGGUUUUAUAAUUUUAACAUAGUCAAUGUGGAUAUUUUUAUGUGAAGAAAAAUUUUAUAGUCGCGAUAUACAAGAAUACAAAGUGCCUUUAUCUUAAAUGAGGUGCAUUUGAAAAGUGCCACUAAUGUAAUGUAUUAUAUUUGAAAAUAUCGAUUUACAACAUUAUGUACCUCGAAAAUUCCGCUCAUGGUAACUGUUAGAAUUAGAUAUUGUAUAAUAAAGAUGGAUAAUAAAGAUAUUUCGUAUUUUGUCUACGGAUAAAAUUAAAGUAUACGUCUCUCUUUGAUAAUGGAGACAAAAUAUCAAUCUCGCAGCGUAUCAAUGAUAAAUCUUAGUGCGCGACGAAUGUGCGGCAUUUUUUGAGAAAAAUCUAUGUACUUUAAAUUAUUGUAAAUAUAUUUUUAUAAUAUUAUUAUAUAAUUAUUAUAUAUACUUUUUGUACAUCAAUUUCGUUAUGCGAUGAGCGUGCCAACGUAGCAUUAUCUUAUUAUAAUUAAGUUUAUUGUCAGUAAGAUGUAGUGUCUACAUCGCCGUACAGUGUGAUAAAAGAGAGAAAAAUAAGGUUCAUAAAUAAUAAUCAGUUUAUCACAAAUGAUAAAAGUAACAAGACUUGGAAUACAUAAAUCGGAUUAAUCUUAAUAAAAAUCUAUAAGAAGCCAAUAAUGAAAUAGAAAAUGUAGAUAAAAUUUAGAAAUAAGCACAACUGUUAAGGUUGAAGAUAAAUAUAAGCGUGGAAGUGUGCGCACAUGUUUCUAAAACGUCUUUCAUUAUUAUUAUUUUGGAAAACAAAUUCUAAAAACAAAUAUUAUAGUUGCCUUUACAUAUAAUAUUCAUUAAAGGCACAUGAAAGUGUCUUCAAACGCCUUCAAUGAACAUUAAAAAUGCAACGGCAAACGAUAUGUAAUAAAAGAUGAAUAUUUAGAAAUCUAAAAAUAUCAAUAUAUACACAUUGUACUGUUUUUGUUAUACAAACGAGUUUUACACAAACUUUAUUAAAGUGCGAUUAUAAAAAUGUGAAUUAUUUUGUGAAUAUUAUACAUAUUUACUACAUACUAAAAUGCUAAUAAAACAUGUAUGAUAACCUAUUUGAAGGAAGAUACUAGAAUGGAGUCUUAUAGAAGUGCCUAUGCAAAAUUGUUAAUUAUUUCGAGAA